UUUAUUCGUGACUUUGAGGUUUUUAUUUCUGUUUUUUUUGUUUUUAAGGGUACACAUACAAUGCAAAUCUCAUCUAACAAGUCAUCAACAGCAAAUUCUGCAAAAGAGUUCGAUUCUGAGAUAACUGAACAAUUGAACAACACUUUAAUUUCUUCAACAUCUAAUGAAGUAAGGGAAAUUUCUAAAAUCUCCUUCACUGUUACUAAACAAAAAACAACAAAAGUUGUUUCACAAAAUAAAUUACUUGGCAAAAGAGAUCGAGAUGAAGAUGAAGAGGAGGAUGACCAAAGCAGAAAAAGAGGAAUUCUUCAUUUGGAAAAUGGUGUCCCUGUCGAGUCAGGUGUACCUCGAAAAAAGGAAAAGAUCUUCGUCAUUCCUGUAUUACGACUUUCAAAUCAGGCUCAGAUCGAUAGGCUAAAGAAGUUAGUAGAAGAAGGAACUGCUUCUGAACAAGAUUUGGCUCGAUUGGCAUUGCUUAGUGAAUCUGUUGGUGAUAAUUCUGACGAGAUUCAGAUUCAACAAUUUGAAGGGAAACAUACUUUAUUGCCAGCUUCUCAUAGCGGAAUGCCCACUAUUGUCCUACCAGACGAUGCUGAUCCAGAUUAUGAGAGUAUGCCUGUAGGUGAAUUCGGUCUCGCAUUUCUACGUGGUUGUGGAUGGAAAAAUGAGAGUUCGGCGAUUGGAAGAACAAAUGCGCAGGCUGUGCCUAUGCACUUGAGCAAACAGAGACCUAAAGGGUUGGGCCUUGGGGCUGCCGUUCCAUCAACUGCUCUUGAAAUUAAUGCUUCUGGAAAUGAUAAAUUGUCGAAAAAUGGUACAAGUGAUGAAAAGAAUGUUUCGAGAACUCUUUGCAAGAAUUCAUUUGUUAGAUGUUUAGCUGGUAUGAAUAAAAAUGUUUAUGGCCAGGUAACAAGUUUGGAUGUUGAAAACAGCAGUGUUUUUAUUGAAAUUGCUUGGCCUCCUGAUCGUAUGGGCAAAACUAUUCGUGUUAGUCAAUUUUCUCUGGAAUUGGUCUCGGCAAACGAUUUUAAACAAAAAUUAAAUGAUUCAAAUAGAAUUAAAACAGAAAAUGGGGCUAAGAAGACACGAAAUAGAUGA